UCCAGUCUCCGCCACAGCUACUGUCUGGCUCCUCGCUACCUGCUCCUGCUCCACACACAGAGGUGACCGAGUCCCUGACUGAGCGUCGUGAGCCUGAGACUCGUGCUUCCACAACUGUUCUUCCUCGUCGUGUCGCCCGUCCUCGUCCUCCUGCUGUCCCAAGCACUCACGGUAUGGCACUUCGUCCUUCCUCUGUUCCACAGUGUGUUGUCCUGCCUGAGCCUCCCACGUCCUCUCUUCCGCACGUUCCUGACCCUGAGUCUGACCUUGCUCGUGCUGCCAGUCCUGCUGUCACUCGUCUCCUUGCUACUGUCGUCACUGACCUUGACCUUGAGUCUACUGGAGCGUUUGCCCUAGUCACUGAGCUAGUCGACUUUGCAGCUAGGAGUCGACUCGACUACGUCGCGAGUCUUAUUACUAAGUCUGAGUCUGUCUGUCCUCUGUCCGUCGGGGGUGAGCCUGCCCUUAGCAGUGACGUCCUUGAGGACAGACAGUUUGAGCUUAAGUGUCUUGCGGCAACUUUACCUCGUUUCGCAUCCAUGCUGCUUUGCCCUGAGGGAGACCCAGAUGCACUUGACAUCUCUUAUGCUGAGGCGAUCACGGCUACUGGAGGUGCUGGCGCUGCUGGAGGUGGUGCUGGUGCUGGAGCUGCUGCUGGUGCUGGAGCUGCUGGAGGUGCUGCUGGUGCUGUAGGUACUGGAGGUGCUCCUGGAGCUACUGGAGGUGCUGGCGCUGCUGGAGGUGGUGCUGGUGCUGGAGCUACUGGAGGUGCUGCUGGUGCUGGAGCUGCUGGAGGUGCUGCUGGUGCUGUAGGUGCUGGAGGUGCUACUGGAGCUGCUGGAGGUGCUGGUGCUGCUGGAGGUGGUGCUGGUGCUGGAGCUGCUGGAGGUGCUGCUGGUGUUGGUGCUGGAGCUGCUGGAGGUGCUGCUGGGACUGGAGACCCUGGGGCUGAGGGUACCGGUUCUGUCUCUGCUGUUUCUCGAGGCGCUGCGCGGCCGCGGCCGUACUACGUUCCCCUCCUUCAGCAGGUUCUUGGCUCCCCGCCUUCUCCUGGUCCUCCUCCUCCUUUCCUGAGUCCACCGCUUGUCCAGUCUCAGUCGCAGUUGCAGCCGGCCCCUCCCCUGCCUGGUCCUUCUCCUUACUCUGGUCCGACUAGAGGUCUUACGGAGCGUCGUGAGCCUGAGUCGCGUCCUCUGUCGCCUGCGUCUCGUUCUGCGUCGCCUGUCCGCACUGUUAGCGCUGGUCGUGUUUCGCGUCCACGUCUUCCUCCUGUCCCAGGCACUCACUCUUUGACACUGCGUCCUUCUACUGCUUCACAGAGUGUCCCUCUGCCCUCUCCUCCUGCGUCCUCUCUUCCUGACGGUCCGGACCCGGAGUCUGACUCCCUUCGUGCUGCUAUUCCUACUGUCACGCGCUUUCUCGCCACUACUGUCACUGACCCUCUGUUUGAGUCCUCUGCUGCGUCUGCUCUUGUUGCUGAGCUUGUUGACUUUGCUGCAGCCUGUCGCCUAGAUUACGCCACUAGUCUUGUUGCUGCGUCUGCGUCUGUCUGUCCUCCGUCCGUCGGGGGUGAGUGUGCUCUUGGCACAGACGUCCUUGAGGACAGGCAUGAGGACCUUGAGUGCUUUGCCGCUGCUUCACCUCAUCUCGUGUCCAUGCUGCUUGCCCCUGAGGGAGACCCGGAUGCACUAGACAUCCCGACCCCGCGCUCUUACGCAGAGGCGAUAGAGGGUCCCUACUCCUCUCAGUGGCAGGCAGCCAUGGACGCAGAGAUGGCUUCCUGGAAGUCCAUAGGCACCUACGUAGACGAGGUUCCCCCACCUGGGGCGAACAUUGUCAGUGGCAUGUGGAUCUUCAGGGUGAAGCGGCCGCCGGGUUCUCCGCCUGCCUUCAAGGCGCGUUACGUUGCAUGUGGCUUCAGUCAGCGACAGGGAGUUGACUUCUUUCAGACCUUCUCCCCUACCCCGAAGAUGACCACUCUUCGGGUACUGCUGCACGUUGCUGCUAAGCGUGACUACGAGCUCCACUCGCUUGACUUCAGCACAACCUUCCUACAGGGCAGCCUGCACGAGGAGAUCUGGCUGCGCCGCCCACCUAGCUUCACUGGGUCGUUUCCUGCUGGUACCCAGUGGAGCCUCCGGCGGCCAGUCUAUGGUCUCCGCCAGGCACCUCGUGAGUGGCACGACACGCUCAGGACGACUCUUGCUUCUCUUGGUUUUGCUCCUUCCACUGCUGACCCUUCUCUGUUCUUAUGCACUGACACUACUCUGCCGCCGUUCUACGUUCUCGUGUACGUAGACGACCUUGUCUUUGCUACUGCUGACACUGAGGCACUCGCCCACGUGAAGUCCGAGCUGCAGAAGAGACACACGUGCACAGACUUGGGUGAGCUGACAAGUUAUCUUGGCUUGCGGAUCACCCGGGACAGAGCACAGCGCACCAUUACCUUGACUCAGUCACACAUGGUGCAGCAGGUCCUUCAGCGCUUCGGCUUCACGUACUCCUCGCCACAGUCCACUCUUCUGCCUACCGGUCACUCGCUCUCAGCUCCACCUUCGGACGAGUCCGUAGAGCCGAGUGGCCCGUAUCCAGAGCUUGUGGGCUGCCUCAUGUACCUGAUGACUUGCACACGACCUGACCUCGCAUACCCUCUCAGCCUUCUGGCUCGUUACGUGGCUCCCGGCAGGCACCGAAAGGUGCACUGGGAUGCUGCGAAGAGGGUGUUGCGAUACUUGUGCAGUACAUCGGGCAUGGGGCUCGUGCUUGGAGGACGGGCUCGAGUUGUCCUCACUGGUCACGCUGACGCCUCCUGGGUUGACGACUUGGCUACGCAGCGGUCGUCACAGGGUUACACCUUCAGCCUUGGCUCCGGUUCUGUCUCCUAG